AGAGCACCCAGCAAUGGGGAGAGGCGAAGUCCUCCCUAGCCCCGAGGGAAGGGGGUUUGGGGAUGAUGCAAACUGACGGCGGGACCUGUGUGCCAGCAGGGAUGGCCGGCAGGAGCCAGGACAGGAGCCUGCGGGAGGAGCUGACAUGUGCCAUCUGCUGCGAGCUCUUCAGCGAGCCCGUCAUGCUGGACUGCAUGCACCACUUCUGCAAGACCUGCAUCCAGUGCUACUGGGCGAGAGGCACCCGCGUCCCCUCCUGCCCCCAGUGCCGCCGCGAGUUCCCCAGCCGCACUUUCCGCACCCACUACCUGCUGUCGGGGCUGGUGGAGAAGGUGCGGCGCUGCGGCUCUGUGGAGCACCAGCACAGGAUGCGGAAGCACCUGGAAAAUGCUUUGCAAGCUCGUCAGAAGGAGAUGGAAAACUUCUUGCAGAGGAAGCGUGUGACGCAGGAAGAUAUCUGUGGCCUGAUGAAGGUGUCUGGGGAGCUGAACUUCAACAUCCGGGCAGAGUUUGCCUGCCUUCAUCAGAUCCUGGAGGAAGAGGAGAGAGCUGUGCUGGCAGAGCUGGCCCAGAAGAAAGCGCAGUCACUGGCUCAGCUGCACAGGGACAUGCAUGGGCUGGAGGAGGGGAUAUCAGUGCUGCAGAGGGAUAUUGAGCGCAUAGAGCACACCCUGAGCAAGAUGGAAGAAGUGUCGUUGCUGGAGGUGGAGAGCCUGGAUAUCAGGCCUUCAGUGCGUGUUGAGACCCAGCCUGCUUUUGACCUGGAGCACUACAAGGACAGCUGCAGCGGUCCCUUGCAGUACAUCUUCUGGAGACAGAUGCUGCGCUCCAUCUGUCCUGCUCCUGCCCCCCUCACCUUUGACCCUGAGUCAGCCCACCCCAACCUGGUCUUCUCCAGAGACCUGACAGCAGUGACAGAGAGGAGUAAAGCCCUGCCUGUGCCCGUCAACCCCCGGCGCUUCCGCCAGUGUGUCAACGUCCUGAGCUCGCAGACCUUUGACAGUGGCCGGCACUACUGGGAGGUCUGGGUGGGCAGCAAAACCAAGUGGGACCUGGGGGUGGCCGCCGAGGCCGUGGACCGGGCAGCAAAGGUCAAGCUGUGCCCGGAGAAUGGCUACUGGACACUGCGCCUGCGGAACAGGACCGAGUACUGGGCCACCACCACCCCCUGGGUGCGCCUGACUCCCCGCCGACCUCCCCGCAAAGUGGGGGUCUUCCUGGACUGCCGGGAGGGCACCGUGACCUUCUUCGACGCUGGGGACAUGUCCCACCUCUUCACCUUCCACCAGGUCUCUGCAGACAGAUACUGCCCCUUCUUCAGCACCUGCUUCAGCGAUGGGAAGGACAACAUGGAGCCCAUGCGCCUCUGCCACCUGGCCCUGUGAGGAACAAGGAGGAGCUUUGGGGACACCAGCCUGGCUCCUUGUUCCUGCUGUCUGGAUGCUCCCCAGGACAGGAGGCCAGUCUGCACAUGUGGGUGUUGGAGAGGCUGGUUUCAGUUUUGGAGGAAGGAGAGGGAUGCGGUUUCUUUUCCCAGCUUCUGUCUGCCCUCUCUUCUUUGUGCCAUGGGCUGUGGGUGCUGCACUGGCACCCCUUGAAGGACAGCCUUCCACGCCUGAGCAUUGAACAGUAACCACAGGCUGCUUGCACCUCCUGUUGCUUCAUGCCUCCCACGUGUAAACCCUGUGGAGGAGGGCAGUGGUCCUGGAACACCAUCGAGUGCCUUUGGACACUGAACUCUUGGAUCCCAGCCACUGGCUUCCUCUACUCAAAGGGCUUCGUGGGGAAUGGCUGCAGGCUGGCGGCAGAGGGAGCUCAGUGCACGGUGUGGAGACCCACUUCCACCUGGGACUGUGAUGCUGCUUCACCUCCACUUCCCUCUCUUCCCUUCACUCCAUUCUCCUCCCUUCCCUUCCAUUCCUCUGCCUUUCACUCCCUUCCACUCAGUCACUAUUAAAGCUCAUUAAAAAG